AUGAAUGAACAAAAAAUAAUGUUAAAGGUUAUAACUCUUGGAGACAGUAAUGUUGGUAAAACAUCUCUCUUUUAUAAUUAUAUGUAUGGGAAAUUUAUAUAUCAUAGGUCAUGCUCAAUUGAUUUUUGUUCAAAGGAACUAAUGAUUGAAAAUCAGCAUGUGUCUAUGAUGGUUUGGGAUACAUUUGGUCAAGAACGUUUUCAUUCAUUAGGUUAUGCUUAUUAUCGUGGUGCACAUUGUUACACACUAUGUUUUGAUAUACAUAAUGAAAAAUCAUUUGACAGUCUUGAAAAAUGGAUGGACGAUACUAAAACGUACUGUUUUGAAAGUAUUCCAUUUAUUUUAAUAGGUACAAAAAGUGAUAUUCCUAGAACUGAUAAAUCAAUAUCAAAGGCAAGAAUUGAACAAUGGUGUAAAAAUAUUGAGGAUCAAGGAAUUAUAGAUAAAGUUCAUUAUUUUGAAACAUCUUCAAAACUUUCUAAAAAUAUUACAGAAUCAUAUAAUGCUGCGGCUAAAUUAGCUUUCAAACAUUAUAAUAAAAAUCAAAAUCCACCAAUUACUACACCUGCAAUUGUUUUACUUGAAGAAGUAAAACCUGGACAUUGUUGUUAA